AUGAGGUCCUCACAGCCGCCUCUCACUCAGAUGUUGUUGCUGCUGCUGCUGGCUCUGCUCUUCCUCAGCCCCCAGGGCGCGGGCGGGGCGCAGACCCCCAACGCCACCUCAGAAGGUUGCCAGAUCAUACACCCGCCCUGGGAAGGGGGCAUCAGGUACAGGGGCCUGACUCGGGACCAGGUGAAGGCUAUCAACUUCCUGCCUGUGGACUAUGAGAUUGAAUAUGUGUGCCGGGGGGAGCGCGAGGUGGUGGGGCCCAAGGUCCGAAAGUGCCUGGCAAAUGGCUCCUGGACAGAUAUGGACACACCCAGUCGCUGUGUCCGAAUCUGCUCCAAGUCCUAUUUGAUGCUGGAAAAUGGGAAGGUGUUCCUGACGGGUGGGGACCUCCCAGCCCUGGACGGAGCCCGGGUGGAUUUUCGGUGUGACCCUGACUUCCAUCUGGUGGGCGGCUCCCGGAGUGUCUGUAGUCAGGGCCAGUGGAGCAGCCCCAAGCCCCACUGCCAGGUGAAUCGAACACCACACUCAGAUCGGCGCGCCGUGUACAUCGGGGCGCUGUUUCCCAUGAGCGGGGGCUGGCCAGGGGGCCAGGCCUGCCAGCCCGCGGUGGAGAUGGCGCUGGAGGAUGUGAACAGCCGCAGGGACAUUCUGCCAGACUACGAGCUCAAGCUCAUCCACCACGACAGCAAGUGUGACCCAGGUCAAGCUACCAAGUACCUGUAUGAGUUGCUCUACAAUGACCCCAUCAAGAUCAUUCUUAUGCCUGGCUGCAGUUCUGUCUCCACGCUCGUGGCUGAGGCUGCCAGAAUGUGGAACCUGAUUGUGCUUUCCUAUGGCUCCAGCUCACCAGCCCUGUCAAACCGGCAGCGCUUCCCCACAUUCUUUCGAACUCAUCCAUCAGCCACGUUGCACAAUCCUACCCGUGUGAAACUUUUUGAAAAAUGGGGCUGGAAGAAGAUCGCCACCAUCCAGCAGACCACCGAAGUCUUCACGUCGACUCUGGACGAUCUAGAGGAACGAGUGAAAGAGGCUGGAAUUGAGAUUACUUUCCGCCAGAGUUUCUUCUCAGACCCAGCUGUGCCUGUCAAAAACCUUAAGCGCCAGGAUGCCCGAAUCAUCGUGGGACUUUUUUAUGAGACUGAAGCCCGCAAAGUGUUCUGUGAGGUGUACAAGGAGAGGCUCUUUGGAAAGAAGUAUGUCUGGUUCCUCAUCGGGUGGUAUGCUGACAAUUGGUUCAAGACCUAUGACCCUUCCAUCAACUGCACAGUGGAUGAGAUGACUGAGGCAGUGGAGGGUCACAUCACCACUGAGAUUGUCAUGCUGAACCCUGCCAAUACCCGCAGCAUUUCCAACAUGACAUCCCAGGAGUUUGUGGAAAAACUGACCAAGCGACUGAAAAGACAUCCUGAGGAGACAGGUGGCUUCCAGGAGGCACCGCUGGCUUAUGAUGCCAUCUGGGCCUUGGCACUGGCUCUGAACAAGACAUCUGGAGGGGAUGGCCGUUCAGGUGUGAGACUGGAAGACUUCAACUACAACAACCAGACCAUUACCGACCAAAUCUACCGGGCAAUGAACUCUUCGUCCUUUGAGGGUGUCUCUGGCCAUGUGGUAUUUGAUGCCAGUGGCUCUCGGAUGGCAUGGACACUAAUUGAGCAGCUUCAGGGUGGCAGCUAUAAGAAGAUUGGUUACUAUGACAGCACCAAGGAUGAUCUUUCUUGGUCCAAAACAGAUAAGUGGAUUGGAGGGUCCCCCCCUGCUGACCAGACCUUGGUCAUCAAGACGUUCCGCUUCCUGUCACAGAAACUCUUUAUCUCCGUCUCAGUUCUCUCCAGCCUGGGCAUUGUCCUAGCUGUUGUCUGUCUGUCCUUUAACAUCUACAACUCCCAUGUCCGUUAUAUCCAGAACUCACAGCCCAACCUGAAUAACCUGACAGCUGUUGGUUGCUCGCUGGCAUUAGCUGCUGUCUUCCCCCUCGGGCUGGAUGGUUACCACAUUGGGAGAAACCAGUUUCCCUUCAUCUGCCAGGCCCGCCUCUGGCUCCUGGGUCUGGGCUUUAGUCUGGGCUAUGGCUCCAUGUUCACCAAAAUCUGGUGGGUCCACACGGUCUUCACAAAGAAAGAGGAGAAGAAGGAGUGGAGGAAGACCCUGGAGCCUUGGAAGCUGUAUGCCACAGUGGGCCUGCUGGUGGGCAUGGAUGUCCUCACUCUCACCAUCUGGCAGAUUGUAGACCCCUUGCACCGGACCAUUGAGACUUUUGCCAAGGAGGAGCCAAAGGAAGAUAUUGAUGUGUCUAUUCUGCCCCAGCUGGAGCACUGCAGCUCCAAGAAAAUGAAUACGUGGCUUGGUAUUUUCUAUGGUUACAAGGGACUGCUGCUGCUGCUGGGUAUCUUUCUUGCUUAUGAGACCAAGAGUGUAUCCACUGAGAAGAUCAAUGACCACCGGGCUGUGGGCAUGGCCAUCUACAAUGUGGCGGUCCUGUGCCUCAUCACUGCCCCGGUCACCAUGAUACUGUCCAGCCAGCAGGAUGCAGCCUUUGCCUUUGCCUCUCUUGCCAUUGUCUUCUCCUCUUACAUCACGCUGGUUGUGCUCUUUGUGCCGAAGAUGCGCCGACUGAUAACCCGAGGGGAAUGGCAGUCGGAGGCUCAGGACACCAUGAAGACAGGAUCAUCGACCAACAACCAUGAGGAGGAGAAGUCCCGGCUUUUGGAGAAGGAGAACCGGGAGCUUGAGAAGAUCAUUGCUGAGAAAGAGGAGCGAGUCUCUGAACUGCGCCAUCAGCUCCAGUCCCGGCAGCAGCUCCGCUCACGGCGCCCACCUCUGACACCCCCAGAGGGGCCUGGGGUCCUACCCAGGGGCCCACCUGAGUUCCCUGACCGGCUUAGCUGUGAUGGGAGUCGAGUCCAUUUGCUUUACAAGUGAGGGAUGUGUGGGGAGGAUAGUCCCAUAGCGGGAGGGAAGGGGAGAGGCAAGACUCCCUAUUCCCAGAUGGAAGAACAUGCUGCCCGAUUCUGUCUCUUGUAAAUAUAGCCCCUCUGUGAGUCCUGAGGUUCUCUGGGUCUCCCUUACUCUGAGAACCAGAUCCUUUUCUCUCUUAUUCAUCCAUAUGAUUUUAUGUCGCUUCUUAAUAAUCUAGUUGGUACCUCCUUGAAGCUUUUCACUCACCGGCUCCUUAGCAGCCUCAUACGCACACCUCUCCCUUCUCUACACCACCUCCCAAGAUUGCUUCCUUGGGUUUUGUGUUUUUCUGGGGCAAUUAAAGGAGAGGAAAUGUGGGGAGAUUUGGGAGCUGCUUCCAGUAGAUAGUUGGUGAGAAUUCUGAGCAAAGAAAGGCACCCCUGACUGUUGACAUGGAUAGAUGGGCCUAUGGGGUGGGAGGUGGUGUCCCUUUCACACUGUGGUGUCUUUUGGGAAAGUAUCUCCCUGAAUCUCAAUAAACCAGUGAACAAUGUGACUUAGCACCUGUCCCUUACUGUGAAUAGAGUAGGCUUCUGUCCAACCAGAGAAACUCGGAGGGCUUCAUAACACUGAAAAGGCAUUAAAGGGGAGGGGUAGAAAGAGGUGUUUUAUUAAUCCUGUGAGGACUUAGAAGGGCAAAGCAGGGCAUGAUCACGGCUGAGGUUACUGAGUGAUGACAUUAGUGGUUAAAAGUGUGGAGUCAGACUACCAGAGGGUUAGAUUCCACAACAUGCAAAAACUUCUGUAAUCUCUAUUCUCUAAGCCCUUCAUUUAUGAAGAUAAUUAUCUUCCAGCACCAGCACCACCAUGGAGAUGUUGGGUAAAUGCUAGCCACUGUCACUACUGUUUAAUGAGUUCUCUCACAGUGAUGGACAUAUACUGGGAGCCUGGAGCAUGUGUCUGAACAGAUGUGAGGACUCUCCUUCUUAGGAACUAAGAACAACAACAAAAAAAUGGUGAUUGCUAGGAGAUAGUGGAUGAGCUGGCCCCUGAGUGCUUCCAAACCUAGAAGUCUUUGUCUAAGAACCCUUGGCAUCAUUGAAGGAUUUGCUAUCCAAAUAAAAGAAAGUAUUGAAUGGCCAAUGUAAAAAAAAUAAACUUA